AUAAUAAUCCGUACAGAAAUAAGAAAUAGCCUCUCUGUCCUUCCCAGUGGAAUUUUCCCAUUUGCUUAUCCUAUAGUUUCGGAUCGCGCCACAUUGUGACCCGACCCGAUAGUGUGAUCCGAAUUCGAGCUGGAGAGCCAAGAGAGUAGUCCGGCGCCGGGAAACGGCAAGAUCCGAUACAGAUCACCGUCGGCUGCCGAACUUCUUGAAGCACAGCUCGACGAUCCACUUCAAAUGGAUAAAUCACUUAAGCGUAGACAAUACACUGGGGAAUCAUUCACCGAUAAGAUCCAGAGACAUAAAGGCGUUAUCCUUGUGAUUUGCGUGCCGUUAUUCCUCGUUUCUCUCGUGCUUUAUGUAAUGCCUACGCGAUCGCCGAGUGAUUCUAUGGAAUCGCUGAAUAGGAAAUUUUCGCCAAAUGUUGGAUCUAUGAAGUAUGCGGUUAUAUUUGAUGCUGGAAGUUCGGGGAGUAGAGUUCAUGUUUUCUGUUUUGAUGAGAAUUUGGAUCUCGUUCCUAUUGGCAAUGAACUCGAGCUUUUCGUUCAGAAAAAACCAGGUUUGAGUGCACAUGCUAGUGAUCCUGCGGCUGCUGCGGAGUCUCUUUUAUCACUUCUGAAGGACGCAGAGAAUGUCAUCCCGCGCAAUUUGCGUAGUAAUACACCAGUGAGAGUUGGGGCAACUGCAGGUUUGAGGCAGUUGGAAGGUGAUGCAUCUGACAGGAUUCUUCAAGCGGUGAGGGAUUUUCUGAAGAGCAAAAGCAGCUUCAAAGCGAAAGCGGAUGCGGUAGUGGUUCUUGAUGGAAAUCAGGAGGGUGCUUACCAGUGGGUAACCAUCAAUUAUUUAUUAGGCAAAUUGGGAAAGAAAUACUCUGAUACAGUUGGAGUGGUUGAUCUUGGAGGUGGAUCUGUGCAAAUGGCGUAUGCCAUCUCAGAGUCAGAUGCCCAAAAAGCUCCAAAGGUAUCAGAUGGAGAGGAUACAUAUGUUCAGGAAAUGUAUUUAAAGGGGACAAAAUACUACCUUUACGUUCACAGCUAUUUGCACUACGGCUUACUAGCAGCUCGAGCUGAGAUCUUGAAGGUGACCGAUGAAUCUGGAAAUCCUUGCAUCUUGGGAGGCCAUCAUGGGUCAUACAAGUAUGGAGGAGCAGAACACCCAGCAUCGGCCAUGGCUCAAGGUUCAAACAUGAGUGGUUGUAGGGAGGUAACUCUAAAGGCUCUGAAAGUGAACGAAGCAGCAUGUACCCACAUGAAAUGCACCUUUGGUGGCGUGUGGAAUGGUGGAGGAGGAGAUGGCCAGAAGAAUAUGUUUGUUGCUUCAUUUUUCUUUGACAGAGCUGCUGAGGCUGGUAUUAUUAAUCCAAGUUUAGCCGUUGCAAAAGUUCGCCCAGCUGAUUACGAAAGUGCAGCUAAGCGUGCUUGUGAAACUAACCUUGAGGCUGGCAAAUCUGAUUUUCCUCAUGUAGACCCUGAUAACUUGCCAUACUUGUGCAUGGAUCUCGUCUAUCAGUACACUCUACUUGUAGAUGGCUUUGGGCUCGAUCCUCAGCAAGAAAUGACGUUGGUGAAAAAAGUUGAAUACAAGAAUUCCCUUGUGGAAGCAGCAUGGCCAUUAGGCAGUGCCAUUGAAGUUGUAUCAUCAUUGAGUUAACUGGGAAAUGCAAGAUCCAUUCAUGCAAUUUUGGCUUUUAAAUAUACUAUGAUUUUCAACUAUAUAUAUUUUUGACCUGCAGCUGUGGAUAAGCCUAUUGGGCUAACGUUCUGGAACAGAAGGAUUGCCACUUGGGUGCCAAAGUCCAAGCAGGUUGAGAUUCUUUGUCUUUCCCAUACAUUAGAGGGAAUUAACAAUAUUGAUAAUCUGUUUGUAACCAUGUAUUAUGAGAAUAUGCACUAUAUAAAUGAGAUCAAUUUUUUUAUUCC